CAGCGGCAAGAUGUUGGCGCUUAUGAAUAGAAUACUGGACUGGUUCCGCAGCCUCUUCUGGAAGGAGGAAAUGGAAUUAACACUCGUCGGAUUGCAGUACUCCGGCAAAACGACGUUUGUUAAUGUUAUAGCUAGUGGACAAUUCAGUGAAGACAUGAUCCCCACUGUGGGUUUCAACAUGAGGAAGAUCACCAAAGGUAAUGUCACCAUCAAAGUGUGGGACAUUGGCGGCCAACCCCGAUUCAGAUCCAUGUGGGAGAGGUACUGCAGGGGUGUUAAUGCUAUUGUUUAUAUGGUGGAUGCAGCCGACUCUGAUAAGAUUGAAGCUUCAAGGAAUGAGCUGCAUAACUUGUUAGAUAAGCCACAGUUGGCUGGGAUUCCAGUGCUGGUUUUGGGCAAUAAAAGGGACUUGCCACAUGCGCUGGAUGAGAAUGGUUUAAUUGAAAGAAUGAACUUGUCAGCGAUCCAAGACCGUGAAAUCUGCUGUUAUUCAAUUUCGUGUAAGGAGAAAGACAACAUCGACAUCACACUACAAUGGCUGAUCGCGCACUCGAAAAGCGGCAUGCGCUAGACGCGUUUUUCUAUGAAAAAAAACCUUGCUUCACUUGUGCUUUGAUAAACCUACCAAUUAAGGGGAAACACUUUAAUCAUGAAGCGCGAGCAAACAUAAUAGAAACAAAACAACUAGAAUUUACAUUUAUGCAAACCGCAACGUUUUGUAUAAAGGCUUCAAGAAUAUGUAAAUGUAAUUAAUUACUAUAUCGAUUAUAUAUGAAUUUAGCUGGUUGAUAACAACAUCAAUUGCACAAAGAUUCAAAUUAUAUGAUGCUUAAACUGCAACCGCAACCAAGAGGCAAGAUGAAUGCGUGUUGCGUGUAAAAUGUACAUAAGUGUAAUGUACGUGUUGAAAUAUUUUGUUUUUAUAAUCUCAAUUCUCAAUGCAUUUACCUUUUCAAAAACAAAAACAAAAAAUCGGCUUGGAUGCAAUUACCGCAAGAAUGUCAAAGAUGAUAGACACGAAAUAUCAGAUGGAACCUCUUGUACUGAUUAACAUAUAAAAAGAUACCUAGGGUAUAACUAUCUAUAAUUAAUCUAAAUACUAAUUAGAGUAAUGUAUGAGCAUUGAGUUUCGAAGUUAUAUACAAGUUAUUAGGUUUAAUUUACACAAAGAACAACCAAUUAUAUUAAACACUUUUAAUUGAGUCUCAUUCAGUAGUGAUUAAUACUUGAAAGAUUAUAAUACGUAGUGCGUAUGAUUAAUAAUAUUGAAUAAGACGCACGAAAAUCUGGAUUUGAGUUGAUUUAAUUUGGGUUUUUGUUCAGCGUUUCUGUGAUUUUGUGGCUGAGCAAUUGUUUCAAUAUAUUUUUUAUGUGUCCAUGCAAUAGAUUGUUUUAUAUUUUGAUAAAAUGCGAAAAUGGUUUUGUUUAUUGCAAUGUAUUUGAUUGUUUUUGUUUAUUUUUUGUAAUAGUAAUCGAAGUGUAAGAAAUUUGUGAGGAGACUGUGCUCUCUUUAUUGAUAAUAAAUAAAAAUGUAUAGAAUGACAACCAACAUGAAUCAUGAAUCAAAUAAAAUGUAAUAAACAUUUA